GGACGCCGGGUGUGCGAGAGCAUCCGGAACGGUGGGCGGGAGGGAACUGAGAAGACCUAGCCUAGGUUCUGUGGAUUUGGACCUCCGCAUUUCUAACCCAAGAUCUCGAAAUGCAUCGUGAUUCCUGUCCAUUGGACUGUAAAGUUUAUGUAGGUAAUCUUGGAAACAAUGGUAAUAAGACUGAAUUGGAACGAGCUUUUGGCUAUUACGGACCACUCCGAAGUGUGUGGGUUGCUAGAAACCCUCCCGGCUUUGCUUUUGUUGAAUUUGAAGAUCCCCGAGAUGCAGCUGAUGCUGUCCGAGAGCUAGAUGGGAGAACACUGUGUGGCUGCCGAGUAAGAGUGGAACUAUCGAAUGGUGAAAAGAGAAGUCGUAAUCGUGGCCCACCUCCUUCUUGGGGUCGUCGCCCUCGAGAUGAUUAUCGGAGGAGGAGUCCUCCACCUCGACGCAGAUCUCCAAGACGGAGAAGCUUCUCCCGCAGCCGGAGCAGGUCCCUUUCUAGAGAUAGGAGAAGAGAGAGAUCACUGUCGCGGGAGAGAAAUCACAAGCCGUCCCGCUCUUUCUCUAGGUCUCGUAGCCGAUCUAGGUCAAAUGAAAGGAAAUAGAAGACAAGUUUGCAAGAGGAGUGGUGUACAGGAAAUAACUUCAUUUGACAGGAGUAUGUACAGAAAAUUCAAGUUUUGUUUGAGACUUCAUAAGCUUGGUGCAUUUUUAAAAUGUUUUAGCUGUUCACAUUUGUUUGUUGGAACAAUGACACAAAGGUGUAAUUCUCUAUGGUUUGAAAUGGAUCAUAUGGGGCAUGUAAUAUCAAGAAUUGUUACUUUACAAUGUUCCCUUAAGCAAAAUUUAAUUUGCUUUGAAUUUUGGUCUUGCAUAGGCUGAUAAAUAAACCUCUUAACUCCUGCCCAGCUAAAGUCAAUGUUUGUAACAUUAUGGAAAUAAAAACUGGCAAAAAUUGGAA